AUGGAACCAUCGUCCGAGCAAGACGUUUCUACUGCAGAUGCUCGUCCUCUGAUCAGCUCAAGUGUGUUAGCCUGGAACGUCAUUGAACAAUUGCUCCAGGAUGAACACCGCAUUAUCGAUGGGCAUUCGCUGGACAUCGCCAGUGUCGUUGCUAUUGCCAAAUAUGGAGUAUUGACACAAAUAUCGACCGAUACUGAGAUCGACAAACGCAUGAACGACAGCGUCGGUAUGCUGAGAACUCACUUGGCCUCAGGCCAUCUUGUUUACGGCGUCUCCACGGGAUUCGGUGGGAGUGCAGAUACAAGGACCGACCAUUUGGAAGAUCUCCAAAGGGCACUCGUUCAGCACCAAAAUUCUGGAGUGCUUACGAGCAACGAUAUCGGCCGCCCUCAGAAUGCAUCAGCGACAAAGCAUCCUCUUCACUCUCGAGAUCUCGAUUUGAACUUCAGCACAAAUUCAAUGCCAACGAGCUGGGUAAGAGCAAGCAUGCUUAUCAGGUGUAAUUCGAUCAUCCGAGGACACUCUGGUGUACGACUCUGCGUGGCACAGGCCAUCCUUCAGCUCCUCAACCACAAUAUCAUCCCGGUCGUGCCUCUUAGAGGCAGCAUUUCGGCCAGUGGUGAUUUGAGUCCUCUCUCAUACAUUGCUGGAGCCAUCGAAGGCUCUCCUGACAUCUACGUGAGGCUUGCAAAUGGUAACAUACUGUCGGCGGCAGAGGCAUUGAAAGAUUUUGGCAUUGAGCCUGUGGUCUUUGAACCCAAGGAAGGUUUGGAUCUUUUGAAUGGAACAGCAUUUUCUGCUGCGACAGCAUCUCUUGCCUUGCACCAGUCUCAAGAGAUUACUCUUCUGUCGCAAGUCCUGACUGCGAUGAACGUUGAAGCCAUGCAAGGAUCUGCAGAACCUUUUUGGCCUCAGAUUGCAAAAAUGCGCCCUCAUCCUGGCCAGAUUGAGUCAGCUGCGAACAUCCUUUCCUUUCUUCAAGGUUCAAAAUUGGCGAAAUGUGUUGGGUCGCCGAAAGAUACGAAAAUGAGUGGUCUUUAUCAGGAUCGUUAUGCCCUGAGGACUGCAUCCCAGUGGAUUGGGCCCCAGAUCGAGGACCUUGUACUCGCCACUUCUCAAAUCCAAACCGAGAUAAAUUCCACUACCGACAACCCAUUGAUGGACGUCGAGUCAGAUCACGUCCUCCACGGAGGCAACUUCCAAGCUGCCGUGGUGACUUCCACCAUGGACAGAACUCGCCUUUGUUUGGAACGAUUGGGGAAGAUGCUCUUCUCUCAGGCAACAGAAAUCAUCAACCCAAUGCUCAACUGUGGACUUCCAGCAAACUUGUGUGCAGAUGAUCCGUCAUUGUCGUUUACAUGCAAGGGAAUUGAUAUCAAUAUGGCUUCGUAUCAAUCGGAGCUAGGCUUUCUCGCCAAUCCUGUUGGAAGCCACGUUCAGUCAGCCGAGAUGCACAAUCAAGCCAUCAACAGUCUGGCCUUGAUCUCUUCAAGAUACACACUCCAAGCACUCGAUACAAUCUACCUGAUGGCGACCGCCCAUUUGUUCGUCCUCUGUCAGGCCCUCGAUCUGCGUGUACUACAGAUUGAUUUUCUGGAGUACGUGGAGGCAGAACUCGAGAGACAUGAUUGGUUUACCAGCAUGCAGGCGCCCACGGAAUUGCACGAAUCGCUCAAAGAUGUGGUCUACACACGCAUCAAGUCUGUUUGGACUACCACAAAUACCGCUGAUCUUGACAAAAGAUGCAAAGUCACUGCCGAUGCUGUCAUACCAGACAUCAUCAACACAUUUGCGAAAGCUUCACCUGGCAUAUCUAUUGAGUCUACUAAACUGGUCGAAUUUACGAAAAACUUGCAAAGUCGGAUGAAAAUUCUGUACGAACGUGGUAGACAGAAUCUUUUCGAUGAUCAUCAGACAAUCACUCCAAAGUCUCUAGGAAAUGCAGCCAAACGUAUGUACAACUUCGUUCGAGGCGACUUGGGUGUAAAAUUGCACCGAGGCUUGAUCGAAUAUCCUACCAAACCGAUUGCUCCGGGUGCUAAAGUAGAGGAGCCGCGCAGAAACAUUGGAAGCAGGGUCAGUGUGAUCUACGAAGCUUUGAGGGAUGGACGUGGAAGUGCGGUGCUUAAGGAAAUUGCUGAAGAGAGUCUGAAGGAGAAGCAAAUCUAG